GCCUCGCGGCUUCUUGGCUCGUGGCUCCGCCCCUUGCGUCGGCGAAGGACAAAGUCACCGCGCCGGGCCCGCGGUCAGCCUCUGCGCACAGCUGCGGUCGGAGCAGCGCUGCGCGCCCGCCGCCAUCUUAGGAGGUCGCCAUGUUCUCGUCCAUCGCGCCGCUCGCGCGGCUCAACCCCUUCUACGCGCCGCACUUCCAGCUGUGCCAGGACGGGCUGAGGAGGCGCGCGGAGCCGGCCGAGGCGCCCACCACGCGGAGGAGCCUGGCGGCCGCGUCCGCUACCGAAGAAUACAGUUGUGAAUAUGGCUCGCUCAAGUUUUAUGCUCUCUGUGGCGUUGGUGGGGUCCUAAGUUGUGGCCUGACACACACUGCUGUCGUACCUCUGGAUUUAGUGAAAUGUCGUAUGCAGGUUGAUCCACAAAAAUACAAGAGCAUCUUCAAUGGAUUUUCAGUGACAAUCAAAGAAGAUGGAUUUCGUGGCUUGGCUAAGGGAUGGGCUCCAACUUUUAUUGGAUACUCCAUGCAGGGGCUUUGUAAAUUUGGUUUCUAUGAAGUUUUCAAAAUCCUUUAUGGCAACAUGCUGGGAGAGGAAAAUGCCUAUUUGUGGCGUACUUCAUUAUAUUUGGCUGCAUCUGCCAGUGCAGAGUUUUUUGCUGACAUUGCUCUGGCUCCAAUGGAAGCUGCUAAAGUUCGCAUUCAGACACAGCCUGGAUACGCUAACACUCUGCGGCAAGCUGUACCUAAGAUGUUUGGAGAAGAAGGCAUUUGGGCUUUCUAUAAAGGUGUUGCUCCACUAUGGAUGAGACAGAUUCCAUACACAAUGAUGAAAUUUGCCUGCUUUGAACGUACUGUUGAAGCUCUCUACAAGUAUGUUGUUCCCAAGCCACGGAGUGAAUGUUCAAAAGGAGAGCAGCUGGUAGUCACAUUUGUUGCAGGCUAUAUUGCUGGUGUGUUCUGUGCAAUCGUUUCUCAUCCUGCUGACUCCGUGGUAUCUGUGUUGAACAAGGAAAAAGGCAGUUCUGCUUCACAGGUUCUUAAGAGGCUUGGAUUCAGAGGUGUCUGGAAAGGUCUGUUUGCUCGUAUCAUCAUGAUUGGUACCCUGACUGCGCUACAGUGGUUCAUCUACGAUUCUGUGAAGGUUUAUUUCAGACUUCCUCGUCCACCUCCACCUGAAAUGCCAGAAUCUCUGAAGAAGAAGCUUGGUUUAACUCAGUAGACACCUCAUGGACUGACUUCGCUGGCUGUCCAGUGAUGAGUUUCAUGAAACUUUUAUAUAUUUGACUAUGUGGAAAACAAACUCUAUAUGGUGUUAUUAUUGGCUGUACCCUCAUCCCACGUGAGGGUUUAAAUUCUACCACUGUCAUUGCCUGAAAUAAAUGAGAAACAGAGUG